AGCGGCAUUCACUGUGUCAAUAAGGCCAUAUUUGACCAAGGAAUGUGCUUCGUCAUCACAACUUUCCCCUGGAGGUAAGAAAGAGAAGAAGACGGAGGAGAAGGAGGAGGGGUGUUCUCAGCAGGGACUUUCCUCUCUUGCCCUACUGAGAAAAAAAAGUAGAAUCACAGGGCACCGCGCCGGAGAUGUUCCCGGGUGUCCCCACGGAGGAGGAGGUAUGCGGAGCUGUGCGCGGCGGUGCGGCCGCGGAAGUCUCCCCCUCUCUGGAAUAUUACUUCUUUUAAUCCCCCCGUUUCUCCUAGCGCUCCAGCUCCUCGUCGUCGGACCACGGUUACCGCGAGACACAAGGACGGGGGUGGAGGAAGAGGUGGCCUUUUCCGUUAUCAGCAUCGAACAGGACAGGAACUCACGCCAACGGGGAUCCCCGUCCCGGCGUCCGGGUUUGGAGGAGGAGGAGCAGGAGGAGGAGGAGGAGCAGGUAGAGGUGGAAGAUGGGGAGAGGAGGGAGCUGGCACGAGCGUAUGAGGAUGAGAACGAGAUGCACUCGCGCCAGAUGGGACCCAGAACCCUGGAGGUGCAACCGUGGGCGGCAGACGAGCCGUCCUUCACAGCAGAACUCGAUCGUAUCAUCACAUAUAUUACCAGGCCACAGCUGAACUGCUCCAGGGUUUUGUCUCCAGGUCAGACUCGGGCUUCACUGCCCCCUGCCGAUUCACCCUGCUGGCUGCUGUGUGCUGAGGACUGGCUCCUUCCAGCUGCAGAUAGGCCGUGUGUUGCAUACUCUUUUAGCAUGGACGGGUUGGAUGCAGAUUUUCUGAAGACUGUGUCAGGGCUGGGAUGUGAAGUCCACAGUUUUGAUCCCAGCAGCUCCAGUGCAUCUGGUGGUCACCUUGGCAACAGUUUGGCCAGCAACCAUGGUGAUGGAGGCGUGGUCCGCCGGCACAAGAUGUGGCUGGAGUGGAGAGCGCCGAGGAAGAGGAGGAAGAAGACCAGAGGCGGCCUGGGUAGUGUUUCUCAAACACUGGCAGACAUCAUGGCGUCUCUGGGACACCACACAGUUCAUUUCCUGUAUGCUGACCUGCUCAGUGCUGAGUGGCGAGUUUUCCAGAACUGGAUUGAGUCGGGAACUCUGCAGAGUGUUCAUCAUCUGGUUGCCCAGGUUCACCUCCAAUGGGCCGGGUUUGAGGUGGGCGGAACCAAUGAGGAAGUGCUCCACUAUUGGUUCAGUGUCCUACAGGGUCUCCAAGCUUCUGGGCUGAAGCUGGUCCACAGCUCUGCAGGAGAGGGUCACAGUGUCCUAAAACAGACAGUAGCAAAGGGUCACAGCUCCUACAUACUCAGUUGGGCCAACACAGGGUGAUGACACAUGAGUGAACACAGGUGUACACACAUGACCAGACAUUGUGGAUGGCCUUAAACAAUAAGAAGAACUUCAAACUCAAAAUAUUUCAGGGAAACACAGUUCUUAAGAUGACAUCUCCCUCUUGUGGAGAUGAAAGGAUCUGCCUUUGUAUGACUCCACCCUCAGAGGAAAUGCCGUUGUGACUGUCGAGAAACUGGCUAAUUUGACCAAAUAUGGAGCAGAAGGUGGGCUUUCUGAUUUAACUGAGCAACAGGGCGACAAUAUUAUAAUUUGGUCCUCAAAUUAUUUUUUUGUAAUUUGGAGCAUAAAAAACAGCAAAUAAAUGUAAAUCGCAGGAAUUGUUGGAUUGUGUCUUAAUUUGUCGUAAAUAUCAAACAGCUGUCUGGUGGGUACCAACGCAUUUUCAGUUUUUCUUUUCUUUUUUCAGUUGAGUGAUUUUAUCAAUGUAAUAUAUUAUAUCAUACAGUGUGAUCCUUUUUGCAUUGGUUUGACCCAGCUGUACUUUAAAUUAUCAGAUUAUUGAAUGUAUUUGUGCACAUCCUUGUGGACCUUAAAUGCUUUUAUGUGCAAUAAUUCUUUACAUUGAAGAGAAGCUUUAAUUAUAGUGAGACUAUUAGUGCCUAGUGUGAAAUAUACAGAAAAGAAAACAGUGAAACCAUGUUAGAAACGUGCAUUAAUACAACAUUACAAUACCAAAUAAAGCCAGAAGCCCUUGACUGCCAUUUUGUCUUUCUUUGGGGAAUCCCGGUCAACCCUGGUAACAAAAGGUUGUAAUUUCAUAAGAAGAUGUGUUCAAUUUGUCAGUUUUGGGUUAUAUAUAACACAUAUACAUUACAAUGACAUUUAUGUUAUCUGGCAGAAACAAUGUUCUACACUUUUGUUGGAUUAAAGUUGAAUGAAAGAAGGUUGAUAAACUAAGCAUCUUAUUUCCUUUCUAGAUUGGCCGUGCACCCACUAGCAAACACAGCAAAACCAUCCUUUGAUAUAGUGUAUAUGAAGUACACUUACAACUCGUGACUUGAUGUUGAUGUUUUUAUUUUGUUUAUCUGCCUUAUAGGAGAAGAAAACAAAGAUGAAG